UGUCACUUGUUCCCAUGAGUUACAGUUAAUUUGCAAAAGUGCACGGAGUAGUUGUCCCGCUGCGUCUCCAUUAGCCCAAUUACGUGAAGUUAUUUAUAUCUACGAGAAAAGGACUGCACACCUAUUAGGAGGCAUACGCAAAUGUGUGGACAGUUCACUCCAAAACAUAACUGAGCUGUCACCGCGUAGGUCGCUGCUGCAAAGACGAUGCCGCUGCCCUGGUUCCAGACUCACCUGCCUCACGCCGUCCCCAGCCUGAUCCAACAUAAGGGUGCUACCAGCAGCAAGUGCUGAACACAAUCGUGUGGAGAACCAUGCUGUCUGGCUCCUGGCGUCGGUCUGUGGGGCCGACACAUCCCGCUGCUGCACACGUGGUGAACCCCAGUGCAAUGACUGUGUGUGGGGUUCCCAGCGGUACUGUGGUUCUUGAGGCACAGUAUGACUACAGCUACCGUGGAUCAGAUGGACGACAAGUUUGCAUAAGAGAGGGCGAAAGAUUUAUUCUACUAAAGAAGACAAAUGCAGACUGGUGGCAGGUGCGGAGGAUUGGUGCAGCCAGUAAAACAAAGCCUUUGUAUGUCCCUGCUACGUAUGUGACUGAGGUACCGAUCACGCCGAUGCCCUCGCCUCAACGCCUCGUCACAUCUGUGUCACUGCACUCCAACAUGAGGAUGCUACCUCGUGUUUCACUCUCUCCCAGCUUCACAGGAACCGGCUGCAAUGAACAGAGUCAAGUCAACAAACCAAUGUAUCGGUCCAUGGAAAACCUUAACUCUUACAGCAGUGCCUUCCAGAGGUCUGGUACAAACACCAGGAUGGGGGGAAACCACUUCCCUACCCUGCCUGCCUCUGGAUCCACCUUUACGUCCAAUUCUUCAACCUCCCAAUCACGUCACCUCAUGGUGCCGGGGUCCCCUGCUGCUUCCACAACACAAACAAGCUUGUCCAAUUACAGGGUGGUCCCUACCAUCACCAGGAGCCAGAGCUCUAGCAACUUGCCUGAAAAUCUGAACGAGAACCCGUAUGAUGAGGUGGGGGGAGGCCUUGGCAGUCGCAUCAGCUACAGGCUUCCUAAGAAGUCCUCUAGCCAGUGGGACAUGGUGGGAACUUCAGGCAGAAAAAAUCGUCUGCAGGUCCCUACUGAGGCCUAUAUGUCCCAGCUAUCCUGGCAGGACUCCCCCAUUUAUGCUGAAAUGCAGCAGGAGAAGCGUCUGUCACAGCAGGAGCCACCCGUCCCAGCUCUGGGCCAGCAGCCUCUUCAAAUCAUGGACCUAUGGGAACAGUAUUCUGAUUCAGCCACAGGGAGAUAUUAUUAUGUCAAUAGAAUUACCAAGGAGAGGUCAUGGAAACCCCCUCGACGGGCUCGCUCUCAGUGCACCAAUAAGAGUCUAACACAGCAGGGCAAUCCAGUACAGGCUCAGACGUUACCCCGGGACACCAGCCAUCUGUCGCUGCCACUCUCUAAGAAUGGCAAUGGAACUGUGCACAAGCUGUCGCCUGAUUAUAUCUUCGGCAGCCACCAAAGGAAUACUGACAGCAGCUGGCAGAUGAAACAGCAAGCCAUCUCUUCCAACACCUUGAGCACAACUCCAUUCACCAAUGCAGAAGGACAGUGCCAUAAAUCUGGAUCCCAGCAGGAUGCCAAGCAGCAGCUCAGCCACUCUCAGUCCAUGAUCCUGGAUGAGAAUGAAAAGCAGUGCAGAGAGUCUUCCUGCAAUGUGACCAACAUCAUCGUUGAACCUCCUUCUCCAGAGAGCUCUCCAGACAGUGAAGGAUGCUCACCGGAACUGGAAAAGGCGGGCCUCUUGAACAAGACAAAGAUUGCUGAGGGAGGAAGGAAACUAAGGAAAAACUGGAGUCUUUCAUGGGUGGUGUUAGUUGGAAACAGUCUGGUGUUCUUCAAGGAUCCAAAAUCUCAGACACCUUCGAGCUGGAAACCAGGAAACAGUCGUCCAGAGAGCAGCGUGGAUUUAAGAGGAGCGCAGCUAAACUGGGCCAAUGACCUGUCCAGCAAGAAAAAUGUCUUUAAGCUGCGGACAGUCACUGGCAACGAGUUCCUGCUGCAGUCUGACACAGACUCUAUGAUCAGAGAGUGGUACAACACCAUCAAGAACGUUAUCGACAAGCUGGAUCGAGAAAAUCCAUUAGAUAAUAUUCUUCAGUACUCUCUGAGGAGAGCUGGCAGCGUUGAGAUGUUGGACCACAGCGGCGACGAAGAUGAGAGGAGAGGUUCUCUCCCUCGCUCUGCCUCCAAUCUGGAAAACACCGAAAGGAAAAGAGUGAAGACGAGGCUGAAGAAGCUGAUCCUGAAGAGACCUCCUCUCCAGGCUCUGCAGGAGAAAGGGCUCAUUAAAGAUCAGGUGUUUGGCUGCCGCCUGGAGAUGCUUUGCGAGAGAGAGAGGAGCAACGUCCCUCGAUUUGUCAGACUUUGCACGGAGGCCGUGGAAAAGAGAGGACUGGACACUGAUGGCAUCUACAGAGUCUCAGGGAAUCUUGCUGUGAUUCAGAAACUUCGCUUUCUGGUGGACCACGAACGAGCGCUGACCACAGAUGGCCGUUUCAUGUUCCCAGCGGACCUGGUACAAGAGGAGAAGCUGAAUUUGGACGAGAGCGAGUGGGAGGACAUCCAUGUCGUCACGGGGGCUUUGAAACUUUUUUUCCGCGAGCUUCCAGAGCCGCUCGUUCCCUAUGGCUUCUUCACCGACAUCGUGGAGACAGUCAAGAUGACAGACCACAUGGACAAAGUGGACCGGCUGAAGUGUCUAGUGCUUAACAUGCCCCCUCCAAACCACGACACCCUGAAGUUCAUGUGUCGACAUCUCAGACGAGUGCUGGAACAUUCAGACGUCAACAGAAUGACCACCCAGAACAUCGGCAUUGUGUUCGGGCCAACCCUGAUGCGCCCAGAGCAUGAUAACGGCAACAUGGCUGUGAACAUGGUUUACCAGAACCAGGCGGUGGAGCUAAUCCUGAGCGAGUUCGAUCACAUCUUCGGAACAAGAGGCCUCUCUUGAUCUUCUCAAACCAGGAGAUGGCAGCAGCUCAGUACACUGCCCCCCAAUUCAGACUGAAGCAGAAGCAUUGCAGCAAUAGCCUGUAGACCCAUAUGCUGUAAAAUGGAUUUCACAUCAAAAGAUAAUUGCGGGGUAAAAAGAACCAAGACAGAAAGCUGCUAAUCAUGACAUCUGGCCUCCAUAAAAAGCCAUGUUAAAACAAUAAUAGUGAAACAAGCCAAUUUUAGCUGCAAUGCUUGUGCCUUUGAGCGCAGAUGUGGAGCCCUGCCCCAGGGCAGCACAGUGCUGGAUCAGACGCCUCCUAGUCACUUCUAGUUGAUGUUUCAGACUUGAUCAGGGCGAAUAAAAAAAGCCAUAAAACUGAAAAAUCAUCAAGCAUCGGACAUUUCUUAAGGUUGCUCUGAAACAGAACUUACCAGAACCAUCUCACUGUGAAAAGCACCAGCAUGUCUUGCAGAGUGGACAGACAGGACCCCACCCCAGCAUUAGCCUGGAUUUACUGCUGAAAAAAGUGCAAAGAUUAAUCUGUGUAUUGCUUAGAUGGAUCAUUUGGUGUCAUUUUAAAAAGUGUUUCUAAAGAUUAAAGAGUAAUUUUUAGUGAAUGGAUGAAUGUGCCGCAAAUGUUCCUCUUUAGGUUUUUAGUGACUAAUUAUCACUUCUCUUGUACAAAUAUAAAUCUAUUUUAUUAGUACAAACUCCUCAUAUUAAGUUAAAUGUAAAUAGUUAAAUUUCUGUCUUUAUCACCUAGAACCCUUUUAUAUAGAUUGUGUAACCUGACCUUUCUGAACUAGCAGAAUACAAACUAAUUAUGAGGUAAAGAGUUUUUUGUUUCUUCCAAUAAAAGCAUGAUCAAAUAUGAUCUGCUGUGUGAGAUUUGCUUGGGAUGCCCCUCUAAGGUUGUUUUUCUUUGUUGCGACUGGCAGAUUUGCGUGCGGAGAUAGAGGCGUGUGGAGGUAUGUGGGCCUCAGAGACUGAGCAGGCAGAAUUGUCCCCUGUGAUUGGUGCGAAUGCUGCUUUUAAUAACAGAACAAAAGGGGAACUGGAAAUGCAUAUGUUUUAAAAAUGUGGAUUUUCCCCCUCAAACCCUCUCGCUCUGUGGCUUGGGUAAUUUUAUAUUGACUGUGGGUUUGGCAGAGGACAAAAAAGGAGUAGAAAGGAGGCACUGCGGGGGAGGGAGGGGGUUAAGUUUUUAUUAAAAGUGUUUCUUCAUUUGUGUUAUUUGAAGUCGUGCAAGUUGAUUGAAAGUGGGUAAAACUGCGUCUGACUGAUGAGGACUCGUCUUAGAUUCACUCCUAGCAACUCCCAAGGAUGUCCUUAAACUUGAUUGCUCAAAUAGUUUCAUCUAAAACAAGAAAAGCCACUCCUGUUUUUCUAAUCCACAUGAUGUGGUUACAGUUUAUAUCAGAGUUUGUAUGCCCACCCUUCAAUCAGAGGUUUCUUUUAUUCAUAAUUUUUGACAGCGUUGCACCAGAGGCUUUUUUUGCAUUAUGUCAGAGAUUAAUUUCCUUGAGAAAUAUGCCAGCCCAAAAGCGAUGAUGCAUCUAACAUUUUAUGAAGAAUUUCUGAUGUACAUUUUUUUCAAAUUUCCAGAUAGUUUUUUUUGUUUCUGUUAAUAAAGCAUCUGUGUUAUUAAAUUGCUGCAAAAUAAGUUUUGUCAUGUUUUUAUUUUUUUUUAUUUAGAGUGACAUUACUAACAGCCCACUAAAAUGACUCUGAGCACUGCUUUUAAUCAGCACUUUAUUUGGUCCCUAUGAGUGAAUAAAAGUGGAUUGUAAUGAUGCUCCGUCUAAAAUAAAUGUCUUUAAAACCACACAAGAUCUGAAUCUGGAUUUAUAAAAUCAAGUUAAGCAGUUUGGACACUUACGGUAUUUGAUUCCAUUUAUGCAUCUGUAGGUGGUCAAUUGCUGUUGAAUAUUUAGAAAACUAUGGGAACACAGUACAUUAGAUGCUGUGAAAGUUUUGCAUAUGUGUUUUAGGCUUUUUCACCCAAUGUUUCUACAAAACAUAAUACAUUACUCUAUAAAUUAAAAGGAAUACUGCUUGCUGCUUUGGUUGCUUUU